AUGUAUCUUUCACUCUUAGUUCUCCUCCCUCUCCUCAUCUCCCUCCAAUUCCUCCUCCGGCUUACACGAGCAACCCUCUCUUCUUUACGAGAUAUACCAGGCCCAUUCCUAGCCCGAUACACAACACUCUGGUAUUUCAAUCGCGUCCGUAAAGGCGGCUUCGAACACGAGAAUAUCACCCUUCAUCAACAAUACGGCCCGGUCGUGCGCGUGGCACCGAAUCAGUAUAGUAUCAGCGAUCCGGCUGCUAUCAAGACGAUUUACGGGACGGGCUCGCGAUUCGCCAAGUCGGCUUGGUAUGAUGGGUGGAAACACCCGAAGCAAUGGACUGUGUUUUCUGAUCGCGAUAUUAGGCGUCAUGCGGAUACUCGAAAACGAUUUGCUGGCUUGUAUUCGAUGAGCUCGUUGGUUCAUUAUGAGCCUUUUGUCGAUCACUGUGCGGAUUUGUUUGACCGGCGUUUGGCCGAGUUUUCUCAGGAUAAGAAGUCGUUUAACAUGGGACACUGGUUCCAGUGCUAUGCCUUCGACGUGAUCGGGAAUAUUACGUUCGGCGAGCGAUUCGGAUUCCUGGACAAAGGCGAGGACAUCGACGGCGCAAUGGCUGCGGUCCAUAAGGUGUUGAUGUACAGCACCCUCGUCGGAAUCUACCCCGAAUGGCACCCGCGGCUAUUCGGACUACUGAGCAAGUUCGCAUGGACCGGCGCGGGGGGAAGAGCGUAUAUCGGCCAGUUUGUGCAGCAAAAAAUCCGUCUACACGAGGAGAAAACAGACAAGCUCGAAAAGGGACGGUCUGAACAUGUCCAAGCGCAGGAUUUCGUCGACAAGUUGAUUAUGGCGAGAAAUAAAGAUCCGGAGAAGGUUACUGAUUACCAUCUGUUCAUCAUGGGACAGUCGAAUGUCUCGGCUGGGUCGGAUACUACUGCCAUCAGUCUAUCGGGUAUAAUGUGGUAUCUUCUUCAAAAUGAGGCGGUUUUGCGGAAGCUCCGUGAUGAAAUCGACGACUACACGAACAGAGGACUUCUCAGUGAAAAUGUGGCUUUCAAAGAAAGUCAGGAGAUGCCAUACUUCCAGGCUGUGAUGAAAGAGGCAUUGCGAAUGCACAGCGCAACUGGCUUACCGAUGUGGAGAGAGGUCCCGGCCGGCGGUGCAGAGAUUAGCGGACGCUAUUUUCCUGCUGGAACUAUCGUCGGCAUGAAUACUUGGGUGGCACACUAUGAUGAGCGGGUUUUCCCUGAUGCGAAAAGUUUCCGACCGGAGAGGUGGAUUGAGGCGGAGAGUGAGCCUGAGCGGCUGAAGGAGAUGAAUCAGAUGCAUAUGCCGUUCGGUCUUGGCUCGAGAACAUGCCUUGGCAAGCAUAUAUCGAUUCUGGAGAUGUCCAAGUUGAUUCCUAGAAUUGUACGAGAUUAUAAUUUUACGCCUUUGAGGAGAAGCUGGACUACCGAGAAUUACUGGUUUGUUAGGCCAUCAGACUUUGAGGUUUUUGUGCAGAGGAGAGUUAGAGGCCAGAAACUAUCGACGUAA